AAAAACAAUUUAACUUCCCCCCAAAGCAGCGAAACAGAAAUAAAGAACACUUUUUUUUUUACAAUAUAUAUCAGCAAAUAUAUGUAAACUGUAAAGGAAAUCAAUUUUCGCAAGUUAAAAAAAAUUUAUGUUACAAUUGUAGUACUGCCAAAAUUGAAAGGAAGAGGAAAAGUUCGUAUUGCCGUACUUUGCGCGAAUAUAUUGUGUUAUACCGCUUUGUUAAAACAAAUCAGUUAAAGUAUUUUUUUUUUUUUCCUGCGUGUUCGGGAUUCCAGCACAUAUAUAUAUACAUACGUACUGUAUUGUAUACAUAUAUAUAUCCCCCCCGAGCGGGCAUCGCUUUCCCUAAAAAGUAAAACUUUUUUACGCCGCCGCGAGGUUACCUCACAAACACAAGAUUUCUAGGCCAUUUCACCAAAAUGCAGAUCUUUGUGAAAACUUUAACAGGAAAAACCAUCACCUUGGACGUCGAGUCAUCGGACACAAUUGAGAAUGUAAAGUCGAAAAUACAGGACAAAGAGGGAAUUCCCCCCGACCAGCAGAGACUCAUUUUUGCGGGAAAACAAUUGGAAGAUGGAAGAACUCUCUCCGAUUACAACAUCCAGAAGGAAUCCACCCUACACUUGGUCCUACGUUUAAGAGGUGGUAUGCAAAUUUUUGUGAAGACGCUAACAGGAAAGACCAUCACUCUUGAUGUAGAAUCAUCCGAUACUAUCGAAAAUGUGAAAGCCAAAAUUCAGGACAAGGAGGGCAUUCCCCCUGAUCAGCAGAGACUCAUUUUUGCGGGAAAACAAUUGGAAGAUGGAAGAACUCUCUCCGAUUACAACAUCCAGAAGGAAUCCACCCUACACUUGGUCCUACGUUUAAGAGGUGGUAUGCAAAUUUUUGUGAAGACGCUAACAGGAAAGACCAUCACUCUUGAUGUAGAAUCAUCCGAUACUAUCGAAAAUGUGAAAGCCAAAAUUCAGGACAAGGAGGGCAUUCCCCCUGAUCAGCAGAGACUCAUUUUUGCGGGAAAACAAUUGGAAGACGGAAGAACUCUCUCGGAUUACAACAUCCAGAAGGAAUCCACCCUACACUUGGUCUUGCGUUUACGAGGUGGUAUGCAAAUUUUUGUGAAGACGCUAACAGGAAAGACCAUCACUCUUGAUGUAGAAUCAUCCGAUACUAUCGAAAAUGUGAAAGCCAAAAUUCAGGACAAGGAGGGCAUUCCCCCUGAUCAGCAGAGACUCAUUUUUGCGGGAAAACAAUUGGAAGAUGGAAGAACUCUCUCCGAUUACAACAUCCAGAAGGAAUCCACCCUACACUUGGUCUUGCGUUUACGAGGUGGUAUGCAAAUUUUUGUGAAGACGCUUACGGGAAAGACCAUCACCCUUGAUGUGGAGUCAUCCGACACGAUUGAAAAUGUGAAAGCCAAAAUACAGGAUAAAGAGGGAAUUCCCCCCGAUCAGCAGAGACUCAUAUUUGCCGGCAAACAAUUGGAAGACGGAAGAACCCUAUCCGACUACAACAUACAGAAGGAAUCUACUUUACACUUAGUACUACGUCUGAGAGGUGGUUUUUAAUUUCCUUUUUUUUUUUACUCCCUUUUACGUACAUGUCCAUAUGUAUAACCACAUAUCUUGUUUUUUUUUUUUUUUUUUUUCCCUUUUUUUACGUCCUAUUUAACAUAAAAAUAUAAAUACACCAAUUAUGUAACUUAAUUAAAAUUUUUUUAUAAAAAAAAUCGCAAGGCUUGUGUUGUGUGCACAAACAGUACUAUGCAUUCGAAUUUUUUUUAAAAAAGCGCCGGCCUGUGUUUAUGCAUAUAUGUAUACAUAUGUACGUACAUACAUACAUAAAUAUAUACAUAUGCGCACCCCUUUUUGGCUCGUGUUUUCAAAUUAUCUAUAGUUUUUCGCCCCCCUCUGUUUUUACUGUUAUGUAGUGCCGAUAACCUUAUCCUCACAACAUAUAUCUUUUAAAGUAAAUUUUGAUUAUAUUCUUUUUCCUUUUUUUUUUUUUUCCUUUUUUUUUUUUUGAUUUUAAGGAAAAGAGUAUGAGUCAAAUGUACUUUAAACGUUAGCCAGGCGCGCGCACGCCGCAUGCAUAUACGUGUGUGUGUAUGCACAGGUGUGUGGGCGCGAGUGUAUGCCUUGUGUGUGCGUGGAGGCGUGUACAUGAAAGUGCGCGAAAGGGUGUACAUACGAGUGUGCAUACGCUUGUACAUACGCGUGUACAUAAGCCUACAUAUGUGCCUACUGUUAAAGCAUAGUGUAAAAAUUGUGCAAACGAAUUUAAAGCGAUGGUAGCUGG